ACCAAAGUUGAAACCAGAAUUUCAACAUAAAGGGACGACAUUUAAAGUUUCUGUACUAGAGCGAGGGAAUACUUUUCUCUGCAGUACUGCCGUUCAACUUUUUGAUUUGAGCUGAAGAAUGAACAUUUUUUGAAGGAGUUUUUCCAGCGUGGUGAGAGAACCCAUGGAUUAAAGACUGUAAAAGCAUUUCUAAGAAGCAGAGUAACUGAGUAACAGUACUGGAUGUGAGGAUGGGACACACUCUGCUCUGUGGGCUGGGGGUUUUCUCCCUGAGUCUACUUCUCUACUGUGGACAUGCUCAAGAUGCUGUGCUGACCAUUGAACCAAACUGGUCCACUUUAUUUACCGGAGAGUCUGUUACCUUCAUAUGUAACAUGAGGGUGGGAAAAGACACCGACUGGUAUUAUACAAUCCACAGGGAUGGUCGAGUAUUUCUCCCCUUCGGCUCAGAUAAGAGAUAUACAUCACGAUCUCUAUCUAAAGGCCACAGUGGUGAAUACCAGUGCAUUGGUAAUCACAAGCCCUCAGCACAUUCUAGAAAACAAAGUAAUAAAGUCUCUCUAACUGUAUCAGACAAAGAUGUGAUCCUGGAAAGUCCUGCGUCCACUGUGUUUGAAGGAGAAUCAGUGACCCUGCGCUGUCGACAUCGUACUCAGACAAAGGAGAAGAAUGCUGUUUUCUACAAAGACGGAUCACCUGUUGAAAGAGACACAAACCAUCAGUCAGUGAUGUCUUCAGAAAACACAGUUCAAGUCAUUUCAAAUGGGAGCUCUUACAUGUGUAAAUUUGAGGAUGAAGAAUCUGAACCAGUAAAACUCAAAAUGGAACCACAACCAAAGGCCAGACUGAGCAGACACUUUCCAUCAGGGGGCAGUGUGAUGCUGACCUGCUCUGUGAGCCCAUCAUCAUCAUCAUCAUCAUCAUCAUCUGGUUGGAAAUACUUCUGGUACAGAGGCAAGAAAACCUCUGAACCUCUGACCACACAAGAUGUUGUCUUCCUCUCAAAUGACACAAUCAGUGUCUCACAGGGAGGACUCUACUGGUGCAGAGGAGGAAGAGGAGAUCCACUUUACUACACAGAGUACAGUGAUCCAGUCGUCACAAACAGAGCUGUUGUGACCCUGCGACCCAACUGGCCUGAGAUAUACUAUCUGGAGACGAUCACACUUACAUGUGAAAUUGAAGAUGGAGGAGACGCUGAGUGGGAGUAUGAAUGGAUGACACCCCGCUCAUACAGACCUGAAAAACAAAAGGAAAACAUGAUUAGAAAUGUGUUGUCAUCAUACAACAGAGACUACAGGUGUAUGGGCACACUGAAACAUGAAAAGUCUUCAACAGAGUGGAGUGAUGCUUUCACAUUGAGAGUAUCUGAUUGUAAGUCACAUGUCAUCAGUCGUCAUUUUUGUUUUGCUGAAUGUAAAAAAGAAAUUAUUGUUCCCUGUAUUUUCAGACAGUGCACCUUUAUAUUUGAAUUUGAAUACAAGUCGUGGAUGUCAUCUACCAACAACACAUUAUAGCAUGUCUUCAUUCUGUGAAAUCACUUUCCAACAGAUAAACCUCAGCCUGUCCUCACUGUGUCUCCAUUAUGGCUGAGUCCUGGAGCCUCAGUAACUCUGAACUGCAGAGUUGAACAUCCAUCUGCAGGAUGGAGGUUCUUCUGGUAUAAGGCUGUUCCCAAAC